CAGCAGAACGUUUAGAAUGGCAUGCAGCGAAAUUCCUGAUUCACAUUCGUGAGACGUGCAAAGUAUCUCAUACUGCUAUCGAGCACAUUAUUGAUGGAAUACAAUCUCUGUUAACCGAGUUUUCAUCAGGUAUCUUAGAGCAGGUGAGCAGAGAGGUUCACCCAGAAACAGGACUGAUUCAUUUUGAUGUAUUACAACAAAUGUACAAGGAAACAUUUCCUCCGUCCCUUCUGUUUUCAUCAGUAGACUCCAAGCAUAAGCUCGAUAAAAUUCUCACACAAAAAUUUAACAUGGUGAUUCCAGAAAAAACUUUAGUUGGAACAGAUCUGGUGUGGAAGUGUAAACAUCCCACCCCAGGUGUACCUGAUCUCAUAGAAAAAGAGGUAUAUGCGUAUACAGUGCCAUUUUUAUCUAAUCUUAAAAACCUGCUAUACAAUGAUGAGGUGAGGUUUUGUGUCGACAAUCCCAGAUUGAAGGAGAACAAUGUAUAUAGGACUGUCUUGGAUGGUUCUUCUUACCAGAAUAAUGAUUUUUUCCGAAAAAACAGAAAUGCUAUUGCAAUCAUUUUGUUCUAUGACGAUCUUGAGGUGGUAAAUCCUCUCGGAGCAAACAUCAAAAAACAUAAACUCGCAAUGUUUUAUUGGACUUUGGCGAACAUUUACCCAGAAGUACGGUCUACAUUGAAAAAUGUUAACUUGUUGUCAAUAGUGAAGCAUAGUGUAUUAAAAAAAUAUGGCGUAGGUAAAAUCUUGGAAUCUUUCAUAACAGAUAUAAAAGUAUUACAAAAUGAAGGAGUCACAGUAAAUGUGAAAGGAGUAGAGAAAGUCUACAAAGGAUCCCUAUUAUUUGUAGCUGGAGAUACUCCUGCUUCAGCAUUCAUGGGUGGUUUCAAAGAAUCAGUAUCAGCCUACCGCCCUUGUCGUACAUGCAUGACAACUCAAAAUGAGUGGAGGAAUUCAUUCUCAAGUGAAAACUUUAUUCUAAGAGAGAAAGAGAGCCAUCAAGAGUAUGUACGUGUUGUUACAGAGCCUCAUCUCAACAAACGGACUAGAGCAUUUUGGUCGAGAAGAUAUGGAGUUACAAAUAGGAGUGCGUUAAUGGAUAUCCCAGAAUUUGAUGUUACGAAAUGCGUGCCACAAGAUGGAAUGCAUGUUUUGGCUGAAGGUGUUGUGGAAGUUCACUGUAGAGCGUUUCUCAGAUACUGUAUAGUGGAGAAAAGAAUAUUUACUAUUGAUGAUCUCAAUUCAAAAAUGAGGAACUUCAACUUUGGGCAUUUGAAAAGAGAUGCACCUGCAUCUCUAUUAGAA